AAGAAGAAGAAACAAACAGUUCCCUCGGUGUUUAUAGUAGCCACAUGGAUCUGGAAGAGUAGUGGAAGGUAUAAGGAGGUUCUGAAUGGAUCACUUCGAGAAGGAUUUAGUUGAUGCGCUUAAAGACGUUGUCGAGGCUGGAAACUGGCAGUGUGUGGGAGACAAAUCUAAAUUUAAGUCACCAUGCACGAAGUUUUACUCUGAUGAUGGAGAGCAUAUAGUCCUGGUGCAUACAAAGGAUGAUCAAUUCUGGGCUAUGGAUUCAUCUUGCCCACACGAAGGAGGCCCACUUGAGCAGGGUGAUAUUGAGGAUCUGGGCCAUGGGAAACUGGCACUGAUUUGCCCAUGGCAUUACUUUGAUUUCAGCCUUGAAACUGGUUCCUCUUCCACUGGACUGCAGAACCAAGUGUAUGAUGUCCGUGUACUGGAUGGAAAAGUGUAUAUAAAUACCCAGAGCACACUGUCCCUUUGUCCCAUCCCAGCGACAAAAAUAACCCACCAAGAUGGUUUGCCUGUGGAAAUAACUUCCUCAGAAAACACACUUUGCAUGUGGGCCACCAAAAUCCUUCACACCGCAGACCCACAGGAAAAGGUUUCAUUGACCAAGAUAGUGCAAGAGAACUGGGACAGCGGGAAAAUAACAGAGACUGGGGAGGCCAGCCCUCCCGCGCAGCCUAACAGAAAAGACAGUCUGACUGUCGUGGAGCCUGGAAAAAUCAAACGGGGCAAGGGUGGCACACUGGCGAGUAGGAUUGCUUUACUGCACUCUCUUGCUAAUAUAGAGCAGUGGGCAAUAGACCUGUCCUGGGAUGUGAUAGCAAGAUUCUCCACAUUUAGAUUGAGCAAUGGUGAGCCAUUGCCUCGCCAGUUCUUUGAUGACUUUGUCAAAGUAGCAGGAGAUGAAGCCAAGCAUUAUCAGUUACUAGAGCAAAGGAUUAUGGAGCUUGGCAGCUUCUUUGGUGCUUUACCAGUACACAACGGUUUGUGGCAAUCGGCAACAGAUACGUCUCAUGACCUUUUGGCGAGGCUAGCUAUAGUGCACAUGGUCCACGAGGCCAGAGGUUUGGAUGUGCACCCUCAGACUCUGUCCCGCUUCGCUGCUCAGGGAGACACAAGCUCAGUGAAGGUGUUGGAGGUGAUUUAUGCUGAUGAGAUCACACAUGUGGCUGCAGGGCUGAGAUGGUUCACAUACAUCUGCUCAAAAGAAGGACGGGAUUCCUUAAAAACAUUCCAUGAAUUGGUGAAGUUGCAUUUCAAAGGGUUUUUGAAGCCUCCAUUCAACACAGAGGGAAGGAGGACGGCAGGGAUGACAGAAGAGUGGUAUGUUCCUCUUGUCAAGCCCUCCAGCAGCUUACAGAAGACCUCCUGAUUGGAUUUAUUUUUAUUCAAAAAGAGGAAACCUGUUUUGCAUUCUGUAAAAAGGACUUUUAAUGUAGAAUGUGCUUGCUUGCAUGGUCGUCAGAUGAACCCUAAGGGUAAAGAAAUCACAGAAUGGAUUUGUGAAUCCAGGAAUAUUUGCAUUUAAAUAUAUUAAAAGACAAAUAAACAAUCUUAAAUGUCGUUUCAGCAGUUCAGUGGUCUUGCUGACAGGGGGCGCUCAGAGGUUGUUUUGCUUUCAGCUGAGGUGUUCUGUGUAAGGGAUGCGGUUUACACUGCUGCUGAUAAAUUGGAUUUUCACUAAUGGUUUUUCGAGUAGGUUUUCAUAUUUAGUUUGAGGGUAUUAUAUCAUCAUUUAAACUGUUUUAAACUUAAUCCAAAUGCAGAAAAGCAUGCACAUCCAAAAAAUAACAGAUAUGGCACAUUAAUUUGUAGGAAUUUGUAAUAGAAUUCAACAGUUUUAAUAGAAAAACAUGAAAUCGGAUUAAGUUUAAAACUAAAUUGGCAUACUGUUGAUCCUAAAGGAUGUCUGAUGAAGGUGUGUGGCCUGAAAUUUCAUGUGUUUGGUGAGAAUUCCAUUAAAAUUCCUUUGGGAACAACAGUAUGCUGACUUGGUUUUAAAUUCAAUCCAAGGCCUUAAGAGUUCUGUAUCUAAGGGAUAAUUAAUUAUCACUCCACCUGGCCAUAGAUCCAUCAGUUUAAAUGUGUUCUCAGCAUAGAGUUGAACAUUUUUGUCAAUCCUUGUAAAAAAAGGUCAUUAGCAUAGAGUUGAAAAUUUGUCAAUUCUUGUAAAAAGGUCAUUUGAAAUAUUUUUUUAUGUGUUGGGUCUGUUCUGUUCACUAAGAUUUCCCCACUGCUCUUAGGUUCUGAUUCUUGUUAUUUUUAAGGUCAUAUUUAAACAUUUGCAAUGAGUCAUUACACUGCUGAGAAAUUACCCUGAAAUAUGAUACAGCCUUUUGAACAAAUGGUUUACAGCAAACUCACUUUUUCUAUUCACAAUUAAUGUUUAUUCGUCAUGGUUCUCUAAAGAUUUUUUCCAUUUCUUCAGAUGGAAUGUAAUGUUGAGAUAAAGACAGUACAAACAUGAGCAUAGAAUCUGUCUCUAUGCGUGUGUGUG